AUGGCCACUAGUGCCCUCAAAGGCAAUCGGAAGGAGUCGCUGGACGCUGUUGGUGCAAGCUCGACGCUACCACGGACCACGGACGACUUUGGGGGCAUAUUGUUUGAAGGUUGCGUACCACAUCUACACCAUGCAUCAAGUGUGCUCAAUUCCCCAUCCUAUGCGGGGGGACAUGGCAAUUCUGGCAACAACAUCGUGAGGAUGAAAUUGGAUGAAACAAGACUCGGUACUAGUCCAUACAUUCUCCAACCACCAUGCACCUUCUCGCCCCCUCACGUGGCCAAACACGUUAUCGAAGCGCACUUCUCACGCCCAUUGGCUUGGGCCCAAAUCAAUCCCAGCCCCUUCAUCACAGUGUUUGAUGACUUCGCCUCGGCCCUCCACACCGCAUACACAGCCCACACAGCCGCCGGCGCCACCAGAAUCCAAAUCAUCCGCCUCAACAUCCCCGAUCUAAUCCCCAUAUCUACACCCAUACUCGACGACGAGCAAGCCUCCUACACAACGCUCUACUCACCCAGCACGCACUGCCAGCUCCUGCACGUGCCCUCGCUAGCCGCAGAAUUAGACCUCGGUCCAGUGUACACACGACGCCUUUCAGAAUAUCUAGCCUGUGCUCCAAUUCCGCGCUCGGUCAUGUCGGCGGCGUGGCCUGUUAUUGGCGGGCGCUUGUUCUAUGAGGAGGAGGAGGAGGGCUGGGAUGUAAGGGAUUUGCUGGGCGAGGUUGGGGGAAGGGUGGAGGGGGAUAAUGGCGGGUUGAGGAGGGACGAGGAAGAGAGGGAGGGGGGCAUGGUGUAUGACUGGGAGGAGCGGGUGUUUGUAGAGGCAAGGGGAUUUGAGCAGCCGAAUGAGUGUGUGAUGGCGGGUGCGGCGAAUUUGUCGAGUGAGGUGGGGCCUGGGUUGUUUGGGUAUGAUGGGUUUUUGAGGGGGACGAGGGUAGUGGAUUAA